AUGAUCAAGGCUAUACUCGUCUUUAACAACCACGGAAAGCCGCGCCUGCUGAAAUUUUAUCACCAUUACACCGAGGAACAGCAACAACAAAUCGUCCGCGAAACGUUUCAGCUGGUCUCAAAACGAGACGAUAAUGUCUGCAACUUCCUGGAAGGCGGCACCCUGAUCGGCGGCAACGACUACAGGCUUAUCUAUCGUCAUUAUGCAACGCUCUACUUCAUAUUCUGCGUCGAUUCUUCAGAAAGCGAGUUGGGGAUCCUUGAUCUGAUCCAGGUUUUUGUCGAAACGUUGGAUCGCUGCUUCGAAAACGUCUGCGAGCUUGACCUCAUCUUCCACGUCGAUAAAGUGCACCAUAUCCUCGGCGAGCUCGUGAUGGGCGGCAUGGUCCUCGAAACGAAUAUGACGGAAAUUUUGUUGCGACGUGAAGAGCAGGAAAAAUUGGAGAAGCAGGAGGCUGGAAUCUCGGCGGCGCCGGCCCGUGCCGUCUCGGCUGUGAAGAGUAUGAAUUUACCUCAACAAAUCAAGGACCUGAAGCUGCCGGAUUUACCUGGUCUCAGCAACCUGAAGAAUGCAUUU